AAACUUUAAAUUUGUUGAUGACAUGAAUAAUAUAUUUUAGAAAAUUAAUGUGCAGUAGUAGAAUGCGAGCUGAAAAUAUUUCUGUUUACAUAACUCACUAUGACAUGUUAAUUUUUUCAGUUGGGUUUAAUUUUUUGUGUAAUAUUGCAUAAUUGUGGCAGUGGUGUCGCAGCAAUGGAGGAAGACGGCUUGUCGGGCGACGGAGGCGACGACGGCGCGUGGUGCUUCCUGCCGGACACGCUGCUACUGCACAUCUUCAAGUACCUGUCCGCGCAUGAGCUGCUGGUCGCGGGCCUGGCCUGCUGGUCGUGGCGUCGCGUCAGCCUCGACCAGUUCCUCUGGAGGGACCUGCUGCGGGGUGAUUUCUGCGUGGAGCCAUCCGUCGGCAUUGCCCCGGGUCGCAGCUCGUGGUUCCACGAGUACAAGCGGCUGCACCACGAGAUCCCCCUCGUGCAGACCGAGGAUCUCCGCGAACACAGCCACCAGGUCCUCCACGUCAGCUUCUCGCACAACGGGAAGAUGUUCGCCACCUGCUCUAAGGAUGGUUACAUUCUGGUGUGGAACGCGAGCUACCCUGCCAGCAUGAAGUACCACCACGACAUGAAAGCGUUUUCUUGGAAGUACACGCAGUUCUCCCAGUUUAAUGAGUCCGACACAUUGCUGCUGGUCUCCGGGGUGCAUUUUGGGUCCCCACACAGCAUGUCUGGAGAAAUAGCUGUUUUUAGUCUGCAGGACGACUUUGCGCUGCAGUGCCGGGUGAUGAACAAACCCUACGACGUGUUCGGCGCGUGGUACAGCGACGGCUGCCUGCUGUCGGGCGACCUGCACUGGCUCGCGCAUCUGGUCAGCACGUCCGUGCUGUGGCUGAACCGCGCCUCCCAGGAGUCGUCGUCGGAGCACGUGCCCAUCAUGCGUCGCCUCUGCCACUUCUACAACGCCAGUGCCUCGUCCGUGCGCUCGGUGCUGGUGGCCCCCUGCCUCGCGCCGGCGCCCCAGCCGGAGGGCUCCCCCGCCACGGAGCCCCGGCCCGCGGGGGAGCCGGGCGGGGCGGGCGCCGGGGAGAGGGGCAACCCCCCUUCACACCGCGUGCAGAUGCUGCGUGUCAGCUCUGCACUGCAGUGCACCUCUCUGGAUCGGGCGUUCCACAACUGGCGUCGCUUGUCGGAUGGGCAGGAGUACGCGUGCCCCAUCUACUACAAUGCCCAGUACCGACAGGUUGAGAUGGCCGGCCGUGAGAGUGACGCGAGCGAAGAGGAGCCCAGUAACUCUGAGAGCGAGAUGGACGCGGAGCAGUCGGACACCUCGGGGGACGCGAGGGACUGCGAGGGGGACACGGAGGAGGGGGAAGAGGUCCCGGAGAGCCGGGAGAAGUACCUGAUCUUCACCACCGGCUGCAAGACGUACACGCCGCACCAGAUCGGCUUCAAGCGGAUAGAGGCGGUGACGUUCCCGCGCAAGAUGAGCCCCGGGCCCAGUCUGCGCGAGCGCCUGGCGAGACGGGAGCGGGAGCGGGAGUCGCGGCAGCUGCGGGACCCCGACGCGGAGCCCAACUGGCUGGUGUACGAGGAGGUGGCCGACCGCUUCGACAAGGUGGACCACCUCAUAGACCUGCACGGCCACAUCAUCGGCAUGGGGCUGUCCCCGGACCGCAGGUACUUGUAUGUGAACAGCCGCCCGUGGCCCCAAGGGUACACCAUCACCAACCCCCUGGACCCUCCGCCCAUCGCUCAGGAGAUAGACAUCCACGUCAUCGACCUCGUCACGCUCAAAGAGGUCGGCACCAUGCUGCGCUCGCAUAAAGCAUACACGCCCAACAACGACUGCUUCUUCAUUUUCCUGGACGUCUGCAGCGAGUAUGUGGCCAGCGGAGCGGAGGACCGGCACGGCUACCUGUGGGACCGCCACUACGGCGCCUGCCUCGCCAAGUUCCCGCACUGCGACGUGGUCAACGCGGUGGCCUUCAACCCCCGGGACCCGCAGAUGCUGGUGACGGUGUCGGACGACUUCUCCGUCAAGGUGUGGCGGUCGCAGCGGCGGGCAGGGCAGCUGGGGCUGGACGCAGGGGCGCUGCCCCGGGGACUGCGAGUGAGGCAGCGUCGGCGACGGCCGCCACCCGCCGACGCCCGAGCGCCGGUCCAGCAGUAACUAACGCGUGAUGCAGUCUGAUUAUUGUCUUAUGUGCAUAGGGCCAGCAUUCUUAUGAUUUGUCAACACAUUUGUUGAAUUUAGCCAUUGUAAACAAUCCCACAUGUUACUUCAACAGAUACUAAGUUUUGUUGAAUUAUCUACUGUUCCCAGAUGUGUGAGACAGAACACGUUUAGAUGCGCUAUAACUACCAAACUCCUCCUGAAUUUAACCUCAGACUUAACACUGCGCUGUGACAGUUUAUAACCUAAAUCUUGAACUAACCCACCAUGUUCAUUUUUUUUUUUUUUACUAUUAUAUAAGGCCUAAAAAUUUAAUUUUUUAUGUGAUACCUCUCUUGCAUUUAUUGUUCUCUCCCAAGUAUUUUCAACAGUUAUUCACUAAGUGUAAUAUAAUUGGUGUAAGAAAAGUCAUGCAAGUUUUCGUAAUUAGUAUUACUUCUGUGUCAUUUUACAUCCACUAUGACUAUAUUACACUCGGUGAAUAUCUGUAGAAAAUAUUUGUUACAGAACAACUUAUGCAGUGGAGGUAGCAUGUUAAAGUUUUAGAAAUAAUAUUAAUGACGAGCCUUAACAAUACACUGACUGUGACUGCCACGACACUCUUUGUUUCAUAGUUCAUUGGCAAAUAAGCCAUUAAGCAUUGGAAACACACUGCUCAGCUCGCACGUGUCAUUCGAAGUCCAGGCAUUGUACAGCUUAAUUGCUGAUAGAUUUGAGUGUAAAAUCUCUUAGCUCUGGGUAAAUUGAAGUUUUAAUGCAUUAAGUGAUUAAGUAUUAAAUAUUUUUAUGGAAAUCAUUUAUAGUGCAUUUUAUAUGUUCUGCAUGAAAUUACUACUUAACAUUCACUAAUUUUGACAAAAGCACAAGUUUGUUGGAGUGCCAUUUGAAACAAAUGCACAUAUAGGUGAUUACUGUUUUUUUAUUGCAUAAUUGCCGCACAUUUUAUGCUAAAAUCUGAAAAUUAUGGGUGUGAUUUUUAUUCUAGAAAAAUAUUUUUGUUAAGGUUAAGGUUCUUCAGAAAAACAAAACACACAAAACAUAUUAAAGUAAUUAGUUCAUAGAACACAAACAUAUUUCAUUCAACUUAAAAUAGAAAACAGUGAGCCGAAACUAACAUAGUGUACCGUACCCAUAACUAUCAUUGUAGUACACACUAAUCACGAAAGAGUGCUGGCUAUCCAAUGUAGUUUACUCAACUUGAGACAAUGCACGUAUUGCCUGAUUGGCAAGCUAUCGAUAUUGAUAUUCUAUAACAUGCGUGCACUCUACACGAGCAUCAACGUAACCAAACAUGAACGUUGUUGACUAUCGCGGGCGAAUUUUUAUACCUGCUGCACAGUGGCGAUGAUUGUUUUCCUGUAAAUUAAAUAAGUAAGUGAUAAUGUCCUAACAACUAAUGGAUUUCAACUUUAAAAUACAUCAUUUUAUUCAGGAAAAUUAGUUUAUGAGCAACAUCUUACAUGAGCAUUAAAUUAACUGUGCAACAAUUAUGCGAGUGCGACAGUUAUGGAUAAAACACGGCACAAAAGCUGAUUUUUGACAAGCAAAAAUUUCUUCAUCGCAGAAAACAAGAAUCUGCCUAUACAUAUCAUUAGAAUGAAUUGAUAACUUGUGACAUCGGAAACUCCGAAGUCAGUACUCUUCUCAUCCAUCAUGGUGAUUCACCGAACAAGUUUGUUAUUAAUGGUGGUCUAAGGGUCUAACACACAAUUUCAUAGAUUCUGCCAUCAUACAGUGAAACCCUGUUGCAACAUUUGCUUGUUUAAUAAGUUACCUUCAUUUGUCUGUACAACAUUUUUCUCAACAGUAAUAUACCCCAUUAGGCCAUUAUACAUAAAAAUUCCAGCCCGUAUAAAGUUGAAAUUCUUAGGUUGUCAGAAACUGUAUGAAAGGGUUCCACUGUACUUGAUUCUUUGUUCCUUUCAUAUUUUCAUGUGUUCCUAGUAGCUGACCAUAUUUUUAGUGGUGCAUACUUGUAUUCAUUUGUAUACAACAAUAUUAUUUAAAUGCUUGGAAACUGGUUUGUGAUUAAUAAUUUAUUACAUUACUCUGCAGAGCAUUGUUUUGUUAGCUAUACUUCGGAAAUACAUUGUAAAAACGUAUGCCUAGUAAUUAUUUGCAAUUUGUUUGUUUGUGUUGGUUUGAUGCAUUUUCAUGUGCAGAUUUCUGUACCAGUUUUAUUCUCAAAGGUAUUUAAGAUUUCAUACUUUUAUUUAAAUUACAUACUAAUAUAAUGCUUAUUAAAUUACUGUUGAUUAAAUACUCAGCUAUAAAAAUUUCAAUUUUGAAUUUAGUUAAUUACAAAGUAUGUGUAUAAUUCACAAUUACUAUGAUUACAGCAAAGAUGCACUAGUAUAAUUUCAAUUGUCAGAGAUCCUCAAAAUAAAGUAAAUUGCAUGUGCUAGUGCUGAGUCAAUUAGACAAUAAAAUUGAAAUGUGUUUAACAGAAUGAAUGACAGUAACAUAAAAGAUAUUUAAACUUUAUUUUUAUAGUAUUAAAAAAAAAUCUGUGAUUUAAUUUAUAAUUUAAUAAUUAAAAACUUUCUUGCUAUAACUAUGGACAUGCAUUUAUCACAUUUGCGAUAAUGCAAAAUUUUAUUUGAAUUUCAGUUUUUUAGGGAGAAAACAUUAUUUUUUCACUUUUUAUAAAAUACUCAGAAUUUAUCUUCAAACCUCAGAAUACUGCAAUGUUGAUGUUAAAUAAUGAUAAUGAACUUCUAUUUAAAACAUAAUUUUGGUCUUAAAAUUGCAAGAAAACAAUUAAAAUUAUCUGCAUACAUUAUUUUUGUAAUUAUUGUUUGGAUUUUAUCCGCCCAUGACCUGCUGUUUAAAGACACUGUAAUAUCACCAGAGAUAAUAUGCUUUAAUGCGUAACUUGUUUGUUCAAUAUUUUAAGUUUUCAGUGUGAUGUUUUGUUUAUGACCAGCAACCAUUUGGCAAAGAAGUGCUGCUUCUCUGUCUAUGCUUCUAUGGAUGCUUUAUUUAAUCUUGUUUCGUGUUCAUGGUGUUUGUUAAAUUUAUAAAUAACUGCAGGAAGUAUAUGUUGUUCCUGGCAUUUUUAAAUAAAGCAACCUUUUUUUUUUUGUUGUGCUGUACCACCUGCUGGUGUUCAUGACUCAGCCUUUAUAAGAAGCAAGACCUCACACAGAAUGAAAAGUUAAGAAAUAAUUUAAGUUUUGGGGAAAAAAAAUUGUUUUGAAAACGAGUUGUUUACUAAGCAGUGUGGUGGGUUAGAUAUUUUUAUCUCUGCACCUGCCACUUUUUUUUAAGGUUAGUUAUAACUUAAAGCAAAGGCCAUACAUGUUCGCCAGCACACGUCUGAAUUGUGUGCUAGUUGCCUGAAAUACUAUGAAUAGAGGUUUUAAUUGUACACCAAGCAUUAUAAUAUGUUUUAAUUGAAUUAAAUUCUGAGAUCUUUAACAAUAACUCAAUAACUUCAGUAUUUCGUCCCUUCUACCACAUACUCUCAGAAAUAUCAAUAUUUUGCACUCUUGAACUAAAUAUACAGUUUUGAAAUUUUUAUUGUAUUAUAGAAUACGUAGAUAUAAUUUUUUAUAAGUGUGGCAUUACUUUUUACUUUUGCUAUUAGCAGAAAGUUGGAGUUCUGUAUGAAUUACAUAAUUCUAUUGGUAUUUUGAAAAGACAGAUGUAAAUUAUUGGUAAAAAUUUAUGUUAAUGUGCAAAAUAAUUGGGAAAAAUAACAUCACUUUGAGCCAUAAAAUAAAAACACAAAUGCUUGUCUCGAGCUAUAACAAUGUAAUUUUAUUGUAAUGGGGCUUAUAAUAAAAUAAUCUUUUAAUGGCA